AUGAGGCCGAUUUGUUAUGGACCGGAGACCUUACUGUUGGUGGGGUUCUUCUGGACCGCCACGAUCUUGGUCUUCUACUUUGUCAGUGAUGUCGGUAACGAGGGACCCAAGUUUACUGUAAGUUUAGUAUAAGUUGUGAUACGACGAUCUACUUUUGUUUUAUCGGUGAUUUACUGAGUGUUAUAAUAUAUUUUAUGUAUUUUAUUUUGAUAUUUGACUUUCAACGUGUUCUUAUUCCAAUAUUGUUUUAGCCCAGUUCCUACAACUACAUGGCUGACAGUAAACCAGAUGAUAUUGAAUUUAAAUACUUGAAAAUUCUACCAGACAUGGUGGUACAUCAGCCUAAAGAUGAACAAGUAACUUGGAUGGAGUUUGAUAGUGAACGUUUCUUGGCCAAAGGUCGGCUACAAGAAGGUGAAGAUCGUUACGCCAAAAACAAAUUUAAUCAGGCGGCUUCCGAUGCCAUUCCUAUGAAUCGAGAGGUCAUUGAUUCUAGAGAGAAAAGGUAAAUUUCACAUCAUUCUAUACAACAAUGUUACAAUAUCCAGAAGAUUUAGUUUAAAAUUGAAAAAUAGCUAUUUAGUAACCAUUAAAACCGUAUGUUACUUAUAACUUGUCAUAUUAUUGUAGUUGCAAAGCAAUAAACUACUCAACCAGCCUUCCCUCAACCUCUGUAAUUAUAACAUAUCACAAUGAAGCACGAUCUACUUUGUUAAGAACUGUAUAUUCCAUAUUUCUACGAUCUCCAGCAAAGCUACUGAAGGAGAUUAUACUAGUCGAUGACUUUUCUAAUGACACUUCGAUUGGUGUAGAGUUGGCUGAGAUGCGCUGGGUCAAAGUGAUUCAGAAUACGAAACGAGAAGGUCUGAUACGAAGCAGAGUCAAGGGAGCUGCUUUGGCUGAAGGAGAAGUUCUGACCUUCUUGGACUCUCACGUUGAAUGUAACGUCAACUGGCUGGAACCUAUGUUGGCGAGGGUUGUUGAAGUAGGUGCUACACGUAACAUUACUUCUAAUAGUUUUCUGUUAGGAUAAAAAAAUAUUUAAUGUACUGUAAAUAUUAAUGUGCUAGUCUAAUAUAAUUCUUUUUUUCAGAAUCCGAAAGCAGUAGUAGCUCCAGUAAUCGACGUUAUCAGUAUGGAUUCAUUCAACUAUGUCCCAGCUUCGGCCGAUCUUCGAGGCGGCUUUGGCUGGAACCUGGUGUUCAAAUGGGACUUUAUGUCUCGAGAACAACGUAUCUACCGUAAAUCCCACCCUACCGCACCGGUAAAGACCCCUGCCAUGGCUGGUGGUCUUUUUAUGAUUACAAAAAAGUGGUUCGACGAGCUAGGAGCUUACGACCUUCAGAUGGACGUCUGGGGCGGAGAGAAUUUGGAGAUGUCGUUCAGGGUAUGGCAAUGUGGCGGAUCGUUGGAGAUUAUACCGUGCAGUAGAGUGGGACAUGUCUUCCGAAAACAACACCCUUACACCUUCCCUGGAGGUAGUGGUAAUGUGUUCCAGAGAAAUACGAGGAGAGCGGCCGAAGUAUGGUUAGACGACUACAAGAAGUACUAUCUGCUACAGGUACCAGCUGCCAGGACUGUGGAUGUUGGAGAGUAAGAUUUGAAUUCAAAUUUUGUUUUCGGUUUUUAAAAUUAACACUAUGUUAUAAUUGAACUGUAAAAGGUUUUUUAUGGUCCAUUUAAUACAUUAUCCUUCGAAUUGUAUCUAAAAUAUUACUUUUCAGCUUAACGGAACGCAGAAGCAUCCGUGAACAGCUACAGUGCAAAGAUUUCAACUGGUUUUUGAAAAACGUGUAUCCUGAAUUAAAGUAAGGCUUUGAAUAACACAGAUCCUAUAACUUAUUGUAAUCUUAAUAAAAAAUUAUGUCUAAAUUCGAAUUCAGAAUCCCCACAGCGACGAAGCGCUUCUCAAUAGGACAAGGUACCUUUUGUCUGGAUUCGUGGCACAAAGUCCAGGUAGAUGAGAGUCCUCGAGUAGCUCAAUGUCAUUAUAUGGGAGGCAACCAAGAAUGGGUAUACAAAGAAGACAAAGGCCAGCUAGCUCAUGCCAACCAGGUCAUGUGUCUUUCGCUCACUCAAAACGGGUUCUUGAUCAACAAACCUUGCAAAAUUGUAAGUGGGCUACUGUUGGACGAACAGCAAAUUUUAAUCUUUACAACAUUGCUAAACAACAACAAUAUAACGAUCUAACGUUUAGCCAAUGAUUUGUUUCAAAAAUUGAAAAAUAAAAAAACUAGCUAAAAAAACUAAAUUUCAAAUUAAUUUAACCUGUUGCCAAUCUAAAACAACACUUUUCAGCCACAAAAACAGAAAUGGUCGCUGAAUCCUCGGACGGGCCAGAUCUCCAACGCCAAUCGUUGCCUCGCCCUCAUCCCCAAGACUGUCAUAAGUGUUCAAAACGAAAACUUUUCGGUCCAGGGAAUGCCUUGUGAUACUUCUGAUGUGCGACAGAAAUGGACCAUCAAGGAACUGCCUGAGGUUUAA